UUCACACGCACUAGCGACAAAAACGAAUUGAUAGAAAAUGAAAUAGCAUUAUAUUUAAAAGAGUCUUCGGAUAUUGACGUAAAUUUAGCGAUAGAAAACAAUACCAAUUUUAAUUUAGUGGUUAAAGAUAAACCUAAAUUACAAGAAAAUACAAUUUAUACUCGUAACAUCAAAAGUAUUAACUCAAAUGCCUUCGAUUUAAAGAAAAAUACAAUUUCACAAGAUAAAACAUUUUGUAACGAUAAGCCGCGCAAAGCAAAAGGUUUUUUAAAUAAUUCGACAAACGAGGGAAUUGUGAAAAAUAUCAAAGAGAAAAAUGUAAUAUGUAAUAAUAAUUCAGAGCCCCCAUUGAACGAUGUUAAACAUGAUUUACAGUCUUUGUUGAUAAUGAUGGCCAUCAAUUCAAACAUAGAUGAUAAUGAAUCCGAUGAUUUUCGAGGACAAAAAUAUAUCUCUGAAGAAAAUUCAAGUAAAAAUGUCACUCAGGAUAGAACUUCCAAGGAGUUUGAGUCAAAAUACAAUUUUCAAUCAGAAGAUUUGGUAAAAAUUUUACGUGUAUCUUCUGUGGGAAAAGAAUUUAAUUAUCAUGAACAAUAUAUUUCAAAAAAAUAUAUACGAAAAUGGAAAUUAUAUGUUUCAAAUAGGAAAGAAAACUUCGCUCUAAAACAGAGACAGGAGACGCUCAAUAAAUUUUUCGAUAAGCUUUCAAGGAAGAAAAAUAAGGCAACUAAUGUAGAAUGUGCUCCGAAAUCGAAGUUUUACCUUCGAGACUAUGACACUUAUCAGCACAGGUACAAGGUUCAAAAACACAUAAUUGCGUUGCAAAAAAAUAAACUAGAAGAGCAAAAUAAGAUUAUAGAACGACUUAAAUAUAACAAAAUCGUAGAAACUUCACGUAAUUCUGUCGAUACAAUGAGGGAGGACAUUCAAAAAACGUACUACGAUAUUGACAAACACUUGAAACCAAAAAUUAAAUGUUUGACGAAUGAACUCAAAAUAAAAGAAUUUGAAGAACCCUCAUUAGUACUACACUGUUUAAAGGUGCCACAAUUUCUACAAAGAAUGGAAAGAAGAGCGCGAGAAAGAGAAGAGAAACACGCAAUGAUACGUGAGCGGAGAAAACAAAUAGAAGAGGAGCGUAUUAAACAAAAGCAACAGGCAGAACUUGCGAAAUUAGAGAUUGAUAAAGAAGAGAAGAUGAAGAGGAUUAAAGAACUUAGAGAAAGAAGAAAGAAAGAAAAAAUUGAAAACAUAAGAAAAAAACAGCACGCCGAAAGGUUGAGGGCGUUAAUAGUAAUGGCAGAUUUACACUAUGAAAAAUAUUUGAUGAUGAAAUACGGAAUAAGACCAUUACGUCGAUUAAUCGAUAUUAAACACGAAAACAUAGAAAAAGCGAGGGCUCAUUACAGAUUUCAGUUGCUGAAGAAUGUUUUCCUAAACUGGAUGUGGUAUACGGAAGAUACGUGGUUCGAUAGAAAUUAUAAAGCCGAUGAUUUCCAUAGGAAAAAAAUAUUGGAAAAAGCUUUUAGUGGUUUUAAAAAGAACCACCAUGAAUAUAUAUUAAAAAAACAAGUCGCUGAAGAUUAUUAUGAUUUGUAUGUGACGCAAAUAGUAUUCGGAAAAUUCGUUCAGAGCAUUGAAAUAGUGAAGAAAGAAUUUGAACUUGAAUGGAAAAAGGCUGAAACGUACUAUAACAGCAAUAUUUUAUUCAAAACGUUUACUUGUUGGCGAACCUUACCGGCGCUGAACGCCUUGAAGAGAGAACAGGAUGCAAGAAAAUCGAGAUGGAGAGAGAAAGUGUUGUUAGUCGUUCCGGAUUAUAAUCCACCGGAAGAUUGAUAAAAAUUAUCAUUAUAUUAGUUACAUUACUGGUGGUAGAGCUUUGUGCAAGCUCGUCUGGGUAGGUACCCCCCACUCAUCAGAUAUUCUACUGCAAAACAGCAGUACUGUGUAAUUACAGGCACAAGGGACAUAACAUCUUAGUUCACAAGGUUGGUGGCGCAUUGGCGAUGUAAGCGAUGGUUAACAUUUCUUACAAUGCCAAUGUAUAUGACGUUGGUGACCGCUUACCACCAUUACCCAUAUGCUCGUCCGCCUUCCUAUACUAUAAAAAAAUACAUAUGUAUCCACUGAACAAAUUAUUUUAAAGUUUUUUUUUUAAUAAUUUGUCAUGACAACGAUUUUUUAAAAUAAUUUGCCUUGUUUUUUUUAAAAUUAAUAUGUGACGUGAAAUGGCUUUCUGUAUAUUAAAAUUAUUAUUAAUUAUUUAUUUGCAUGUAACAUAAUAAUAGACCAUAAACAAAUAACAUUUUAUGUCUAACGUAAUCACUGCACACCUUAAUUUUUCUAGCAAUAACUGAUCACCUUACGCGACUUCGACUGAUGGUCGUACUAUUAUCAUUUUCACCUUAUACAGCUCCUAAUGAAGAAUGUGGAACAUAGAAAUAUUUUAAAUUAUUUAAGUUUAUUUAAAAGUACUAGUUUGUCCUUUUCGCUCUCACAUCUUAACUUCUAAACCGAUCGUCACUAAAUUUUUCCAUACACAAAGAAUAGAAAAGGACAUAGGCUGUCUAAUAUCUUGAUCUCUCUCACUGCGGGCGAAGCCACGGGCGGAAACUAGUACCAUAUACAGGCAGUCCUCGUACUUACGGCAUGUUAGGUUUUCGAAAUACGCGACGUAAAUCGAAACGACGUAAGUCGAGACAUAUUUCCUCAUAUGUUUACAUGUAAAACUCAAGGGUUAGGAUAUAUAUAUAGAUAUAUAGAUAGGUAUUUGUGUGUUAUUAAUUUUAAUAAUAAUUAUAA